CACAAGAGAAAAUUGAAAAUGAUUAUUUUAUUAGAUCAUCGCAUGUGAAAAUGAAUUAAAUGACCAAAGGGUGUGUAAGAGUAAAUGGGACGUGGGGUGUGGUUAAUAUUACAUCCCCUGGUAAUUUCUCGAUAUUACUUCUAGUACUAUUUCGGAUUUAAUGCAAAGCAUAGAUAAAAGUGUAAGGUUUAAAAUAUAAUGGUCACUUUUUACGCAAACCCUGACGAAAAAAAUGAACCGUGGAUAGAAAGGACUGCUAUUGAAGGACAUGGUUUUCGAAUUUGGCACUACAUAUUUUUUUGUUUCUCAGCAUUUACGAUUUUGGCUGUUUUAAUAUGCUGCUGUAUUAAAAUUAGAAUUCCAAGAACAAAGCAAGAAAUUGAGGCAGAUUAUAGAAGGAAAAAAUUAACAGACAAAUUUCGCCAAAGACUUAGAUUAAUACAGAAUCAAGAAAUGGAUGUUCUUGAUUUACACAGAGCACUGGAAAUAAUUCAAGAUGAUUACAGACGAGAACAAGAAAAUAUGAAUUGUGAAUAUGAUGUGCCACCUGAAAAUUUAAAUAUUAUUUCAGGAAACAGAGCAGAACCACAGUUAUCAUUUGGGAAGAAAAUAACAAACUUACUAAAAAUUUCUCCAAAUAAAUAA